CUCCACCCUGACCGCCACCCGGAGCAGCCCGCGGAGCUCACAGCGCCGGUGCACAGCCGCCUGUUAACAGGUCCAAGUAACGGCUAACGGCGGCUUCACGGAGGAGACGAGGCGCUGUGACGUCACUGAUAAUUAAGGUGUUCCAGAUGAUUGUUGACGGUCACAGGAGGGAGGAGAGGAGGAGCAAGGAGGUGGGCUGCCAGUGGGAGAGCCCCGAGGAGGACAGGAAGGAGGUGGGCUGUCAGAGCCAGGCGGUGGAGAGGAGGGACGCCGCCGUCCAGGUGGAUCUGCUGACUCAGCAGCUGAGCUGGAGACACUCAGGUGUUUCCUGGCACUGCGGCGCCAUCCGGGUGGAUGAACCAGCAGGGGGCAUUCUGCUGCAGCUCUGCAGGGGUCACACGUCACGCUGUGUUCCCUGCGCCACCGACCGCCCUGCCCUGCUACCCAGUGUGCCUCUGUUCUCCGAGCACGAGUCGUCUCCUUCAACCAGCAUGCCUCCCCUGACUCCUGUGGACGUCUCGGCUGCUCCUCCUGGACUCAUCGCUCCCCUGAGCCCGGGGCUGGCCGAAGACGAGGAGCAGGAAGAGGAGCAGGAGGUGCACGUACCUGAGGAGGAGCGACUCUGCUCUGAGAACAUGGCAUUUAAAGAAAAGAAGAAGAUGGAGGGGGGGAGGUGGCCUGAUGGAGGUGAAAGACAAAAGUCAUCACUGGCUGACAAAUCGACCAAUCACAUCGCAGGAAAACCACCCGGGAAGAGGAGGAGACUAAAGAUGAAACUUCUGGAGAAGGAUGAGGAGUCCCACACCAGCAAGCGAGGAGAGAAACAAACAACCCGGAUCCAAGAGAGGAAGAAGAACGAGGGGCAGGAGGAGGAGGAGAGGGGAGGGGAGGAGACCAUGAAAGAAGGGGGAAGAGUCAAAUCUGUCAUAAUGAAGACUGAGGAGGCGGAGUGUCAGAGACCGAGGAGGAGGAUGGUCGGUCCGACAGUCAGAUACCUGCUGGAGUCUGAGCAGCAGUCACAUGGGCCAACAGAGGCCAAUCACAGCAGAGCAAGCAGAGACGUGGGGAGGAGGAAGACGGGGAGGCCGAAGAAGGAGCAGAAGGAGCUGGAUGACAGCAGCACAAUGGAGUCCUCAGCAGACGGAGGAGCAGAGAGAUGGUGGAAGCUCUGCCAGGUGUGUGGUCUGAACUUCACCAGCCAGCCGUCUCUGGAUCUCCAUCUGUCCGUCCACAGACCGGCUUUGAGCUGCGCACAAGCUGCUGCUGACCAACAGCAAGAACAAACCAAUGACGCGAAGGGUGAUGCAGAGGAGAGGGAGGAGCCUCAGAGGCCAAGGAGGACAGUCUGCCAACCAAUCAGGUACCUACUGGAGUCAUCACAUGGUUCUGUAACAGCCAAUCAGACCAAUCGGGAGGCAGCUACCAAACCCACAAGAAGGAGAGGAAGAUCAAAAGAUGCUGUUGGGGGCAGGGCUUCAGAGGUGAUUGACAGGCCUGAGACUAAUGCUAAAGACACAGGUCACAUGGUCACAACAGGAGGAAGAGAGGAAGGAGAGGAGGAGCCUUACAGGCCAAAGAGGACGUUGGUUGGCCUCCUGGAGUCAGAGGAAACAUCAGGUGGUCUCAGAAUCUCCAAUCAGGACGCAGAAAACAAACCCACACAGUACAGGGGAAGAUCAAAAAAUGUUUUUGACUUCAAUGAGGCUGGGGGCGGGGCUUCAAAGAUGACUGACUGUUCUGAUACUGAAGAUAAAGAAAUGGGUCACACGGUCUCAACGGGAGGAAGACAGGAAGAGGAGGAGCCUCAGAGACCAGGAAAGACGGUCAGUCCACCAAUCAGACGCCUUCUAGAGUCAGAGGCGUCUGUCUUCCACCCGUCUGUCCACAGACCAAAGCGACUGUUCGGCUGUCACCUCUGCAACAGGAAGUUCAGCCGUGCCAGCAGACUGUUCCGGCACCAAUGUAAUCAGCACCACAGCAAUAUAGGUGGUCUCUGCGGCAAUGGAUGUGGAUCGGCCCUGAGCAACGCCCGAGCUCCUAAAAACAAACAGGAAAAACAGACCACCCAGGAUGACAAGGAGGAGCCUCAGAGGCCCAGGAAGCCCCUCUUCACAGCACCCACCGGGGCUCCUUAUUGGUCAAGAGACAUAAAUCGUGUGAGAAAAAGUCCCAGCUGGUUGGUCGACUACUGGACCCUGAACAAGAGGAGGAAUGGAAGGAGGGGGACGAAGAGGAGCAGAGUGGAGGAGGACGACGAGGAAAGGGAGGCGCAACAAGUCUGUGUGGAGAAGGAGGAGGGGCCUCAGAGGCCAAGGAGGACGACUGUUGGCCCACCAAUCAGGUACCUGCUGGAGUCAGAGGUGACAACAAGGGGUUCUGGAAAAGCCAAUCAGACCAAUCAGAAGGCAGCUAACAAACACACAAGGAGAGGAAGAGCAAAAGACUCUGUUGGUGGUGGGGCUUCAAAGAUGACUGACUCUUCUGACAUUGAAGAUAAAGACACAGGUCACAUGGUCUCAAUGGGAGGAACACAGGAAGAGGAGCCUCAGAGACCAGGAACGACAGUCAGUCCACCAGUCAGGUACCUGCUGGAGUCGGAGGUAAUGUCACAUGAUUCUGGAACAGCCAAUCAGAAUGAUCAGGAGGCAGUUAUCAAACUCACAAGAAGGAGAGGAAGAUCAGAUGCUGUUGUCCUCUGUGAGGCUGGGGGCGGGGCUUCAGAGAUGAUUGACAGGCUUGACGCUAAAGAUAAAGACAGAAGUCACGUGGUUGUAAAGGGCAGAAGAAAGGAAGACGAGAAGAUGGAGGAGCCUCAGAGGCCGAGGAGGACGAUGGUCGGCCCACCAAUCAGGUACCUGCUGGAGUCAGAAGAGCUGUCAUGUGGUCAAAGAACAGCUAAUCAGGACACAGAAAACAAACCCACACACAGCAGACGGAGCCCAAAAAAGGCGUCUGUCCUCCACAGACCGAAGCGAGUGUUCGGCUGUCACAUCUGCAACAGAAAGUUCAGCCGUGCCAGCAGACUGUUCCUGCAUCAUUGCGAUCAGCACCGCAGCAUCUUAGACAGUCCCCACGGCAACAGAGUUGGCAUGGCCAUGAGCAGUGCUCGAGCUUCUGAUAGCAAACUGAAAGAAGGAACCCAGGGUAACGACGAGAAUGGGGAGGAGUCUCAGCGGCAGCGGAGGACUAGAGUUGGCCCACCAAUCAGAUACCUGCUGGAGUCAGAGGAGCCGUCACGUGGUCUUAGAGCAGCCAAUCAGAGUGCAGCAACCAAACCCACACAAAGGAAAGGAAGAAUGAAGGCUGGUGGCCUCACUAAGGCUGGGGGCGGGACUUCACAGAUAAUUGAUAGGUUUGAGGCUGCUGUUGCCACAGAGAGACAGACAGGUGUGCACAGACAGACUUACCUGGUUCACAGAGACCUGCAGGAUGGUCAGGUGACUAUCUCCCCCUGCUCUGUCACAAUGCAGCGCCUCCUCUGAUUGGCUGAUGACAUUCUUGUUAAACAUGUUUGUUUUAAUUUUUUGGUUUGGUUUCAGUGAUUUUAGGUGUGUGUCACACUCUUUGUU